AGAGGGGCUCCAAAUUCCACUUUGAUUCCCGUCGCAAAAUCGGAAAGUGGGGCGGGCAGGCCUGGACCCUGAACGUCAUGCUUCACGUCGAUCCAUGCCCAAACUCUGCAUUCACGGACCUCGUGAGGGACCUGAGCUGCUUGCCUUUUGUCCUCCUCCUCGCUGCGGAGAAUGUCGGUUGUCCAAAGGAUGACUUCAAACAAGGCUUCCUCGGCUGCGCUCACUUUUGAGCUGGUCGCCAAAUGCUCCACAACAAGGGCUCGCGCUUCCAUCCUGACUCUUCCCCAUGGACCCGUCAACCUCCCCAUCUUCAUGCCCGUGGCUACUCAGGCUUCCCUCAAGGGCAUCACCCCCGAGCAACUCGAGAGUACGGGAUGCCGCCUUUGUCUCAACAACACUUACCAUCUAGGAUUGAAGCCUGGCCAAGAGGUCCUCGAUGCCGUUGGCGGCGCUCACAAACUUCAGGGCUGGAAGCACAACCUGCUGACGGACAGUGGAGGUUUCCAAAUGGUAUCUCUCCUCAAGCUCGCCAAGGUUACCGAAGAAGGAGUUCGCUUCCUCUCUCCCCACGAUGGGUCACCCAUGCUCCUCACCCCCGAACACUCGAUGAGCCUUCAGAACUCGAUCGGAUCCGACAUCAUGAUGCAGCUUGACGACGUCUUGGUGACCACUCACCCGGACAAGGCCCGUAUGCGCGAGGCCAUGGAGCGCAGUGUACGCUGGCUGGAUCGCUGCAUCAAGGCCCACAAGAACCCCGACCGCCAGAAUCUGUUCUGUAUCAUUCAGGGUGGUUUGGAUUUGGAGAUGCGCAGGGAGUGCUGCCGCGAAAUGGUGGCCCGGGACACCCCAGGCAUCGCCAUCGGAGGUCUUAGUGGUGGUGAGGCCAAGGACGACUUCUGCAAGGUCGUGGCUACAUGCACAGAACUUCUCCCCGAGUUGAAGCCUCGCUAUGUCAUGGGUAUUGGCUACCCAGAAGACUUGGUCGUCAGCGUUGCUUUGGGGGCCGAUAUGUUCGACUGCGUCUGGCCCACACGUACGGCGCGGUUCGGCAAUGCCAUCACGAAGCACGGUGUGCUCAACAUGAAAAAGGAACAAUAUGCCAAGGACUUUGGACCCAUCGAGGACGGUUGUGGGUGCCCAUGCUGCAGGCCUGUCGACCAAGAGGGAGCCAUUGGCGUCACAAGGGCGUUUGUGCAUCACAAUUCGGCCAAGGAAACGGUGGCAGCACACCUGUUGACCAUUCACAACGUAUGGUAUCAGCUGCAUCUCAUGGGAGGUGCCAGGGACGCCAUCAUUGCCGACAAGUUCCCGGCCUUUGUUAAGGAGUUCUUUAACAACCUAUACCCAGAUAGAAAGAGCUACCCGUCGUGGACUGUAAACGCUCUGAAGACCGUAGGUAUUGACUUGUUUGACAGCUGAGGCCGCUUGGAACUUGGGGUUCAAACUCUCAUACUUUUUUCUGUUACUUGGCCGUAUCAUGAGUGAUUGUCUAUGAGCAAAGCUGCGUGUGUAGGUACCUGCUGGCUGAGCUUAGUUGUAUCUACAUUUGAAGAUUCAGGGUUAGGGCUCGGGAUGGUGGUUGCUUGGCGUUUAUUUCACGGCCCCGCUCGUGUCGGCCCAG